AUGGCUGAAUUCAACAAGAAGAGAAAGCUCGAGGUCACCCCUACACAAUCGGUUGUCAAGGCUUCUAAAGUGUUCUCGCCAUUUAGAGUUAUUGGGAACGUCAGUAAUGGUGUCCCAUUCGCUGUUGGUACCUUAGGGUCAACAUUUUAUAUCAGCACUGCCAUUGGAAACUCAUUUCAAAUAUAUGAUGCCAAUAACUUACAUUUAUUGUUUGUAUCUGAAAAAGAAACAGAAUCACCAAUUGUGGCAUUAGCUUCCCAUUUCCAUCAUGUCUUUGCCGGGUUUGGUAACAAAGUUGGAAUCUACAAGCGUGGUAUUCAAGAACAUUUGAUAAAUUUAGAGACAGAUGCACAUGUGAAAGAUAUAUGUGUUUUUGGUAACUUUUUAUGUAUCUCCACAACUGAUAACUCCAUCUAUAUUUACAAGAAAGAUUCUCCUCAGGAUAAAUACCCAACCAUUUUCUAUACCAAAUUGUCUAUUACAUCAUUACAAGGUGGUGACAUUGUUUCCAUUCACCAUUUAGCUACUUAUUUGAACAAGAUUGUUGUGGUUACGAAAAAUAAUGUGAUUCUGUUUAACGUUCGUACCGGGAAGCUAUUAUACACUUCACCAGAAUUUCCAGAUCAAAUUACCGUAGCAGAACCAGCACCAGCAUUGGAUAUUAUCGCAUUGGGAACAGUCACUGGUGAUAUUAUAAUGUUUAAUAUGAAGAAAGGUAAAAAGAUUCGUACCAUCAAGAUGCCUAAUUUACGUAUCUCUACGAUUUCAUUUAGAACUGAUGGAUCUUCUCACUUUUGUGCUGGUACUGCAUCCGGUGACCUGGUAUUUUACGAUUUAGAUCGUCGUUCUCGUAUCCAUGUCUUAAAAAAUAUUCACAGAGAACAAUAUGGUGGUGUCACAAAAGUUACCUUUUUAAAUGGUCAACCAAUUAUUGUCACAUCAGGUGGAGAUAAUUCUUUGAAAGAAUACGUUUUUGAUCCUUCAUUAUCACAGGAUGAUUCCGAAACUGUUGUGCAACCUCCAAGAUUUUUACGUUCCAGAGGUGGUCAUUCUCAACCUCCUACGACUAUAACAUUUGCUGAUUCUGAGUCACAUUUCAUCUUAUCAUCAUCAAGGGACAGAUCAUUGUGGGGCUUCUCUCUAAGGAAAGAUGCUCAAUCUCAAGAACUAUCUCAAAGAGUUCAUAAAAAGGCAGAUGGUGGUAGAAUUGCUGGUAGUACCAUGAAAGAGAAAUUUCCAGAAAUUAUUGCUCUUGCAAUCGAAAAUGCCAGAAUUGGCGAUUGGGAAAAUGUUAUUACCGCUCACAAGGAUGAAAAAUUUGCCAGAACUUGGGAUAUGCGUACAAAGAGGGUUGGGAGAUGGACAUUCCCAACUAGUGAUGAUGGAUUUGUUAAAUCGGUAGCAUUGUCUCAAUGUGGUAAUUUUGGGUUUGUUGGGUCAUCCAAUGGUGGUAUCUCUGUAUUUAACAUGCAAAGUGGUAUCUUGCGUAAGAAAUAUAGAUUGCAUAAGAAGACUGUUACUGGUAUUGCAUUAGAUGGUAUGAAUCGUAAAAUGGUAUCAUGUGGGCUAGAUGGUAUUGUUGGAUUUUACGAUUUUAAUAAAUCAACAUUUUUGGGUAAAUUACAACUAGAUGCACCAAUCACUAAAAUGGUUUAUCAUCGUUCAUCAGAUCUAUUUGCUUUGAUUUUAGAUGAUUUAUCCAUUGUACUUAUUGAUGCUGUAACACAAAGGGUAGUUCGUCAAUUUUGGGGUCAUAGUAAUAGAAUUACCGCUUUAGAUUUUUCUCCUGAUGGUCGUUGGAUAGUUUCCGCAUCUUUGGACUCUACCAUUAGAACUUGGGAUUUACCUACUGGUGGAUGUAUUGACGGUAUCAAAUUGGAAAGUGUCGCAACAGAUGUGAAAUUUUCUCCUAAUGGGGAUAUGCUGGCGACUACCCAUGUUAUUGGGAACGGUAUUUAUAUUUGGAAUAACAAAGCACAAUUCAAGGCAAUUUCCACAAGAGCCAUCGAUGAAGAAGAAUUUGAGAAUUUGAUGUUGCCGUCUGGAUCUCUAUCAGGUAACGAAGCUAUGUUGACUGGUGCAUUUGAAGAUUCUAAAGAUGAAAAGACUGAUGAUACUGAAUUCAAUACAUAUGAAACUCUGGCUCAAAUUAAUGAUGAAUUGGUAACCUUAUCCAUUGGUCCAAGAAAUAAAAUGAAUACGCUAUUAAAUCUUGAUGUUAUCAGACAACGUUCUAAGCCUAUUGAAGCUCCUAAGAAACCUGAGAAGGCACCAUUUUUCCUUCAAUUAUCCGGUGAUAAAGUAGGUGAUGAAGCUAGUGGUAGAGAAGGUAUUGCUCAUGAAAUGCCAGAAGAGCUUCAAGCAAAGGAGGCACUUAAUAAUAAACAAAGUGAAGCUGAAGCAGAAUUGAAUAAAUUUAAGCCAUCAGGGCGUCUAGGAUUUGAAUCGACUUUUACUAAAUUGCUAAGAGAAGGUGCAGAGACAAAAGAAUAUGCUAAGUUCUUACAAAAUUUAAUAAGUCUCUCGCCCUCUUCCGUUGAUUUAGAAAUCAGAUCAAUAAAUUCUUUUGAACCAUUUGAUGAGAUUGUUUGGUUUAUUGAAGCAUUAACUGAAGGUUUAAAGACUCAUAAUAAUUUUGAAUUAUAUGAAGCAUUUAUGAGCUUACUAUUCAAGGCGCAUGGUGAUAUAAUACACGCAAAUAAUACGAACGAUAAUAUAAAGAACGCACUAUUAGGAUGGGAAGAACUUCAUAAACAAAACGACAAGUUAGAUGAAUUGGUCAAAUUCUGUUCAGGUGUGAUCAGUUUUGUCACUACGUCCUAG